AUGGGGUUAAUAAGAAAAUUCUAUGCUAUGCUGCUCUUGUUUGUAAUUUUUAACAAUCAGCUUGGCAUCGAAACUAAAGAAACCUGUCAUUAUUUGGAUUUAAUGUAUACGAACUGGACGGAUGAUCGUCCACGCUUUGUAGUGAAUAUGACAUUCUCUAAUGUGGAGGGCGUUGCUUCUAUUACCACAAUAAAUGAGGAAAUAGCAUCGCCUAUGAUGAGUCUGCUAAUAAGUCAGCAGGACUUUAAGGAAAAGCCGCGUAUUAUUUACAAUGUAACCACCAAGCUAUGCGCCAUGCAGGCGAUCUUCAACUCUGUGCCCAUAUUUAAAACGCUGAAGGAUAACAUGCUCAGGCAGAGCAACUACACCUUUAGUUGCCCACUGAAGACUGGCGUCUAUGUCAUGACCAAUAUGCGCGCCAAUCCGAAGAAUCCCUUGCUCAACAUGAUGUACAAGCGGAAGCGCAUUUUUGUGGUUCAGGGUGGCAUGUUUGAGGCUCCACAGCACUCCAAUGUGGAUAAACAAUUCCACACGCUAACCACAUAUUAUGUUACUGGCAGAAUUGUUAGAAAAACUUGCGGCAGCAAUGAAUGA